UCAACCAGUUUUACCCGGCGUAGACAGGAUUGCGGCGUCGAACACGCAGACCUUUUAGCUUUGUUUGACUAGGAUUUUCAUUUCGUCAUCAGUCAUCAUAUAGUCUGCACGCGACGUGUGAGUUUGCUGGAGUGUAGAGUCAGUCGGGUUUUGGGUGUCACUUUUACCGCACUGCGGGACUUUGACGGGCACCACUUCUUGUACAGCACACUUUGGAAGAUGGUGGUGUUCCGAUACACCGCGGCUAUCUUCCUGGUGCUUGUUCAUCUAACAUCGGAGGCUACUGCACAGACAAAGGCACCACAAGGGGAUGCAGCUGCCACAACAGCAGCAUCGGCCAGCAACGAUGGCGGCUCCGGAGAUGGCAACCGGGAAGAAGUAUUCGUGGAUGAUGGAGGUGCAGCAGCGACUACAACAUCCCAACCUAACACCUUAAAUGCCACUACAACAGUAGCCAACAACUCAACGUCACAAGCCAACAGCACAAAUGCAACUUUAACCACGCCUCCUUUGACUACAACAACACCGACAACCAUACAGGCUACAACAGCAGCAGCAGAAGAUGCAAGCUGUAGGGAUAAGUCUAGUAGCUUCAGCGGUGACAGUUUCAU